AUGGUCACGAGACCGAUUUCGACACCAGUGUUGAUCGAAGCCUUGGGUACCUUGAAUGUAGCGGCAGCCGAGGAUUGGCCGCAAGAAGUGAGCAAAUUUGGAAAAGCGUUCCGAGAAUUUAUCAUUCGCUAUGCGAAGAACGAUCAACCACCUGGAGAGACAAUCGUGCGUGGUCUAGGCGCGUUCAUCGCAGUUCCGCGGGAGAUCAAUAAAAAGUUUAAUGUUAUGGCAGCAUUUCGUAGGAGAAGUGAUUGGGCGCGGUGGAUUCCCAAGCUUAAUGUUGCUGCUGCUGUGGAUAGUGAAGCAAUCAAGAGAUAUCUCAUUGGCUCCGAUACAAGAUACCUUCGAUAUGUCAUGACUGAAGAGGCCAAUCAGCUUGGGACGAAGCCGCUCUGGUGCUGGAUUUGCGAAAUCGAUGCAAUGACAGACGAUUGGUGUCGGACCUGCUUUUUGGGACACUGCGGGACUGAAGAAUGCGCAAAGGGCUUUAACACUCACAAGUGUCUAUAG